UUUUUGCGCCCGGCUCCGGCUGGUGCUCGGCUCACAGCGUGCGCUGGAGGCCAUCAGGAUCUCGUUCUGGGUCCUUACGUGUCCCAGAACGACUCUAGCGCGAAACGCAGCCGUUUGGGGGCUCGUACAGACUAUCCAGAGGACACACCUCACAAACAAAAAAGAGGCGCAGCGACAGCCGCGCGAAAGAGGUAUCAAGAUGGCGGACGACGAGGCGCGCGAGGGCGCGUCGACGCUCGUCGGCCUCCGGAUGGGCUACCAAGCGAUACCCGACGAACCUCCGGAGGACGAGGCGCCGCCCAACGACCUGACGUGCCCGAUCACGCACGCGCUCAUGCGGGAGCCGGUGCGCGCGUCGGACGGCUGCGUCUACGACCGCCACGCCAUAACGCGUUGGUUCUCGCAACGGCUCUCGAGCCCGCUCACCGGCGAGCAGCUCGACAGCGGCCGGCUCGACCCAUGCGACGGCCUGCGGAAGCGCGCGGAGGCGUGGGCGGCCGCGCACCGGCACACGCGGGAGGGCGCGGCCUUCUUCGGCUGCCGGUACUGCGGCGACGCGCGCUGCCCGCACCCAGAGGAGUGCCAGAAGACCUUUGAAUCGCAGACGAAAAGAGAUGCGGCCUACGGCGCGGCGGUGAGACGGAGGGCGUGGUUUGAAGGAAAUGUGCUGCCGCCCGCGGAGCGCGCGUUGCAGUCCGGCCCAGCGGGCGCCGGCGCGCUGAUGACGGGCGCUUGUUUGGUAGGCGCGGUCGGCGCGCUGCUCGGCGGCGUCGCGUCGUCAGUGGCCGAGGUCGCAGGCGGCGGCAUCGAGAUUGUUUGUGGUGUCGGCUCCCAAAUCGUCGAGGCUGGCAGCUCCGCGGCCGCCGGGCUUCACGGGAGCGACGCCGGAGCGCCGCCGGCGCCCGACACGACGGUGGAGGUCUGGCGAAGGACGCGCCUUCGCGACCAGCUCGUCGGCGACGAGACCGCGACGCCGUUCGACCGCUACCACAACCUCGACCCCUCGCGGCCGUCGGCGACGCGAGGGUGUGCGCGCAUCGCCUCGGCCGUUACCGUCCUCCCGGUGGCGACGGUGGCGGCAACUGCGACGUGUGUCGUGGGAGUAGCAGUGGGAGCGGUGACGAUGACGUGCGGAAUAGUUAAGGAGGUCGUCUCCGGCGCCGCGGGCGCCGUGACCGCGGCCGGCGAGCAGCUCUCCGGCCCCAGGCCGCCGCCGCCGACGCCCCAGGACGAGGUCGUCAGAGACGCCUCGAGAUACGCCCUCGCCUAGCCU